GAGAAUCCCGAGUCUCUGUGUGCAUCUGGCUAGUAUCUCAUAAAGCCUCCUCUUUGCUAAAAUUCACUCAUUGUCAGACUUCGUGAAUCCUGAAUGACCCCUGGUCCAGGACAUCUUGAGACUCCACGGAGAUCCAGGCGUCCAGCCUGAUUCACGUUUUCCUGACCAGCCUUGACCAGGGCUCCUGGUGUACCCAGAGCCAAGACUUUGCUUAAGCUUAAGGAGCCACCAGUCCUCAACGCCUAGAUCCCACUGAGGAGCCCUGAGACCCUGGGAGACUCUGAUCUACUGAGAAAUUUGGAUAGCCUAAAGUUUAGAGGCCGCCACUGACAGGUUCUCCACGCCUGGAUUGUGGGAAGGUGGCAUCGGAAGCCCUCUCAGAGGCUCAGCAGCUGACUCAGGACGCUGUGACCCCUUCAUUUAAGGCUGCUCUUAGAGGUCCACGGCUUUGACACACCCUUUCCAGGAUCAAGAGACACCACGCUGAGACACCAGGACCCUGUUAGAAGAGACCACGUCAUCAUCCUGACCAUCCCUGUGCUGUCAAAGUAGACGGAGGGAGUCUGCACCUGGAUACAUCACUCUCAGGUCAAGUGUCCCACUGGGAACAAGACCCAGUUAAAGAAAAGUGGACUGUCACCAAGACCUGCAAAGAUCCACUAGAGAUAAGAGUACCAUGGGUUUUAACCUAAUGAUGUUGUUUUGUCUGGCUCUAUUUCCUUCAGUCCUUUCCUGGAAUCUUAAUUGGAAACCCCUAGCUCCCCAGGGUCCUAAAUUGGCCAAACCAGUCCUUAAGGCAUGGAAGUUCCAGGUGGUUGCCUUAGACAAUCACAACAAGACCGUAGCUUCUACCUUCUGUCCAGUGACAGGAUGUGCUAGUACUAUAAGCCUCACCUUUGAUAUAAGGGACACCUGCCAAGGGAAAUGUAUACAGGACUUCUACAAUGCUAUGAUGUCUCCUAUAUAUGUUUGUUUCGUAUAUGAGCAAACUCGCUCAGACUGUAAGGACCCAAAUUAUGGAGGAUGCCCACACUGGGGCUGCAAAUAUCAUAGUACUUGGCCCAGGUGGGGAGGAGAAAAUCCAUCUAGACUCAACUCAGUUGAUUGGCAUACGAAGGUCACCUACUCGAUCCCUGACCCUUGGGAUGACAGAUGGAGAACAGGGGUUGAGGGUCAUAUCUACAGACAUAAUGAGAAGGAUACAGGCUAUGACAGGAAGACUAGGAUACGCAUCUUUAGAAGUUUAGACAGAUUUAUUCCUCCAAAUUCCUCUAUGUGA